CCAAAACUUUAGACAAAGACGAAGAAAUAUGAGAUAAGAGAGAGAAAAGUCAAAGCUCAAAAGCGCAAUUCAGUGCACCAGUGCAUGUAACGCCUCAUAGAAAUGGAGAUUAGAGAGAGAAGAACCAGAAAACGAAGGGUUGAAGGGCAGACCCAGUGGCAGUGGGGGCGUGGGGGUACCCUCUUCCUCCUUCCCUUGCUCUGUCCUCUUACAUUCAUGGAUAUCAUCAAGAAAACUCGGGGCUUGUUCAACUUUAUCCAUCCAAAAAUGGGAAAAAUCUGUAUUCUGUAUUCCCCCACCCACAAACCUAGUGUCUCUCUGUGUCAUUUUGCCUUAGAUUCGUGUACCUACAAAGCAUUCGCCAUUGAAACCCAUCCCCACAAACCCCAUUUUGUCAUUGCCCUCUACGUGUUUGAUGAAUGUCCCCUGUGAAGGUUUUGCUCCUGUUAGUGCAAUGUGUUGCCUAUUCAACCUCCCCUUUUGCCUCCUUGUUCAAGUCCCUUUUGGAAGCUCCCAAAUACUAUCUCUGUGGGUAAUGGAGGAAAUGGGUCAUUGGGUCACUGAUUCUCUCCCUAGCUUUGCCAAAAAUCUCCAUAUUUUGCUGGUGGAUCAUGACCCCUUCUCUCUCAAGCACUUGGCUUCAUUGCUUGAGCAACAGUCUUACAAUGUUACCACCACUCAACUAGCAUCUAUUGCACUAUCAAUGAUUCAGGAAAAAGGUGACCGGUUUGACCUUGUCAUGGCUAACGUUAGCAUGCCUGAUAUGGACAGUUUUUCAUUUUUGCACGUGCUCCUUAAGAUGAAUAUUGCCGUCAUUUUUAUGUCCUCGGGGAUGAACUUGAGCGUGGCCACGAAAGCAUUGGCAGAAGGAGCAUGCUAUUUUCUUCAGAAACCUAUUUCCAAGGAUGAUCUCAAAUAUGUGUGGCAACAUGUGUAUCGAGGGAACAGAAACAUAACCAAACAAACCUAUAAAGAAAAUUGCAUAGGAAAAGCCAAACCUAGAAAAGAAUCUGUAGGUAUCCAAAUUGCGGACACUGUUGUUUUGUCUCGGUCUGCCGCUGCAGUUAGUUAUAAUAAUAAUUGUUGCCUUAAUUAUGAACCUAUGAACUCUAAAGAAACGGAGAAUAGUAAGCAAAUUAUAUCGCAUGAUAGCCUGGUUGGGUCUUAUUUUGGAGGAAAGAGAUUAAAUGAUGACAUAGAAGGAAUAAGCAGGGAAAAGAGAGUUAAAUAUUACUUAGAACCUACCAAGUUUGGAUUUCCUAGAAUUGAUGCGGAUCAUGAAAGAAGGAAGGAAUAUUAUAUUGCCAGUGAUAGCAGAUCACGUGUCGUCUGGAAUGCGGAACGACGUCGGAAGUUCACAGAUGCCCUUAACAAGCUAGGUGAUAAAUCUCGCCCAAAACUUAUACUGAAGAUGAUGAACGAACCAUGUUUGACCUUGCGCCAAGUUGCAAACCACCUGCAGAAAUACAAAGCUCAAGUAGAAUGCAUCAAAAGGAGGAGAGAGAAUAAAUUAACUAACAGAAGGGAGGGAUCCAAAUCCAAUUUCUCAGUCGGUACUCAACUUCCCCCACUGCUGCAGCAGCACCAUGAGGCAAGCAGAUUUUCAAACGUAGGCUUGACCUCUGUUUUGGGGGGUGAAAGAUUCCAACUUAUCGCGCCUAAAAGUCUGCAUAGUCCUAGACUGCCUGUUAGCAACUUUGUGAAUCGUGAUCUGAGAAUGCUUAACCACAGUUUUCAGCAUGUCGGCUCAAACUACGAUUCAGUUUCAUAUAACAUCAAUAAGGAAGUUGGAUUAUGCCCUGAUAAUAUUCAAACAUUUCAGAAGGAAGGUAGUGCUUUCCGCACUGACAAUUGUGAGAAGUCUGCUCCCAUAGGAGGAGGGGGUGUUCAAACAUCUGAGUUGAACUUCUCAUAUGUUUCUGAAAUGACUCCAGAGGUGGCUUCUUCUCACAUACUUGAUGAAACUCAAUUCCCAAACAAUCUUCUUGAUGGUGUAAUUCAGCAGCUAGAUUUGACUGCUUUCAAAAUUGAAAACCAAGAAGCAUUGGAAUAUAGUGGUACAUCAAAAGAGAUUCAGUUGAUGUCAAGGGACAUAGCAUUACCUGAUUCGAUCAACUUGGACAAUGUUGUUGAGGGGGGACAGGAACUUCCUGCAGCUUCUGAAAGUCAAGGAAACCAACUAUUAGCAGAAUAUGCACAUCUCUUAGAUGUAUUAGAAGAUGAUCCAUACAAUUUCGUUAGUGACUUAAAUCUGAGUGAUGUUGAUAAAUACAGUGAAUGGCUGAGGAACACUGUACUCGGAAACAGAAGCGGUCCAGACAGUUUUAUCGGUGACAAUGCAGAGAACUUUCCAGUUGAAAACACUCGAUAAGUAAAUAACUUUUUUUGGUGCUUACAGAAUCAUGAGACUCAUGUUGCUGAUGUACUCUCCGGAUAUGUGGACAAGAAUCAGAUAGGAAGCAACUAAACUACAAUUAUAUGUCGGGGACUGGGAGUUAUAUUAUACAAGGGGAAGAUAUACAGCGUUGAGAAUUCUGUUGGAAGCGAAUCCUUUAAACUGUACAGGACUAGAUAAAUGCAGAAAGCUAGCAUUAGAAACUUUACAUGUUUAGCAAUGUUCAUAAGUUUAUCAUGUAGUGUAUUGUCCAGCUUUUCUUUUCUGUGAUCUACUUCAGAUGAAUCAGUACUCAUAAUAUUAACCAUUUCUUCUGAAA